AUGGCAGGUGACAGGACGGCGAGGGGGGAGGAGGGAGAAGGGUGGGGGGAGGGGGAAGAGGAGAGGGGGAAGAGGGGUGGGGGGAGGGGGGAGGGGGGAGGGGGAAGGGGGGAGGGAAGGAGAGGGAGGGGGGGGGGGGGAGGGAGGAACUGGAAGCAGGAAACCGCCCCUUUGGAAUGCACGACUCCCACUUUCUACCGCUGUCUUCCCACUGCUUCCCCCAAGCUGCUGCGCCCAUGUGCCUCCGUGCCACAUCCCCCAUGUCCCUCCCUCCUCUGCUCCACUGUGUGUCUCUGCGUGCAUGCAUGCGUGCCAUGCUCAAGGCACUUGCGCCUCGGUGUGGCAGUCGUGCAUCUUCCCUCUGGCCAGUCCGCGAACGUGCGAGCGGGCCAGCAGUUUCCGUUGGCGAGUGUGGCAAAGCUGCCUCUGCUCUUCGCAGCAGCGCACGCCCUCCACUGCCCCUGCCCCUGCCACUCCACACACCACCCGCACGCCCCUGCUGCACCCUUCGCCUCAUGCAGCAGUGGCAGCAGCAACGAAUGGCCGGCAUGUAAGGUCUGCACAAGCCACUCUCCCCGCCCGCCACACGCACCUCCCCCUGCCCUGCCCCCUCCAACGCCCCUCGGUCCUCUCUUUCAGUCACCGUCUCAUGGCACCUCGGUACCUCACCCCUUGAGCCCACUGCCCGCCUCGCUGUCACCACCACCGUGCUGCAGCAUGGCCCUCAUGCCUUGCGUUACUACCCCACCUUAUUCCCUCGCCGUUGGCAGUGCGGGGCCUGUCGCUGAAGACCAUGCUGCACGUGCGCGACGAGGACAAGUGCAUUGGCAGUGGCCUCAUGCGCUCCCUGCCCAGGUACGCCCCGCUCCCCCCUCCUCCGCCCUCGCGCCCUCCUCGUUGCAACUGGCCACGUGCAUGACACACACUCGUGGCCACCAUGCCCCAUGCACGUGCUGCUGCCGCACACUGAGGCCCGGUCACCGCUGCAUGCUCAGCAGCUCGCAUGGAGUCACCAUGCUGCCAUCCGCUUCACCUCCUCUAUUCAACACACGUCGCUCACCCGCUCUCGCUGGUACCCUUGUGUCCACCCCUUUCUCAUCCACACCUUCCCCGCGCUCCCCUCCUCCAGCUGACCCUUCCCUAACCCCACCAUGCGCACCACUGCAUGUCAAGUCCAGUGGUGGUGAGGGACGAGUGUGCGCACAUGAGGUAGUGCUGCUUGCAUCCACUCUCGUGAAACAGCCGUGGAGGUGGAGGGCAGAGGGAGAGGUGUUCAAGGCGGUGGGGUGGCCGUGUGUCACAGGGCUGCUGCAAGCACAUGGCGCUCACAGCACAUCCGUGCACCUCACACAGCGACAGCAUGGUAACCACAUCACCCUACCCUCUGGACCACAUUUCUAUCCGCCAGGCACUCUUUCCACCACCCACUCGCACCUCUCCAAGUUGUAUGUCCAGCCGCACUGCGCACACCCACUCACCUUCAACUCCAUAUUCCCCCCACUCGCUGCACGCACAUUCUUCUCCAUGUGUCGCCUGUCCUCUCUCCCUUCCCUCACUGCCCUCACGGACCAGGCAUUUCUGCUGGCGCUGGGCUUCUCAUCGGAGCUGCGCCAGCCGUACGGCCCGCCCAGGGCGCGCAGGUGCCCUCCUGCCCUGCUUCUCCCAUCCCUUGUCCGUCCUAUCUCAUUAGUGCACUCGCACCGCUAUCUUCACCGCUAUCUACCACUCCCUGCUGCCUGUUCCCCCUUCCCCAUCUCCUCAUUCCCUUGUUUGCAACAAGUCCCCUGGUCACACUUCCUUUUCACCUCCUUUCCGCUCUUAAUCUUUGCUGCACUCAUCUCGGCUCUCCCUCCGUGCCUGUCUCUCGCCGCUCACCCUCGCCUCGGCAGCUGGCAGGGGAUGUCAGUGGCGCAGCAGAGGCAGGUGGCGGAGCGCGUGGAGGGGGAGAGCCGGGCAGUGAGCGUGAGGGACCUGAGCGCUGUGGAGGAGGCGUCAUUGCUGCUGCAGCGCGCGCAAGGCGACAAGGGCUACCGCAAUGACAGCCACAUCGCAGCAGCCAUGGACAACCGGGGGUCGCCAGCGGACAUGGCAGGGCUGCUGUGCAAGCUCAGCACUGCGCGCCUGCUGCCAUGGCCCCGUGCCACUGCACUGUGCCUGCACACCAUGGCCAUGCAGGUGUCUCCGUUCUGCCCAUGCUUCAAUCACCUCGUCUCUGUUCCCAUCAUUUCGUUCCUCCCUUGCACCUUCUACAAAUCCUCAUCCCCACCUUCACUUCGCACUUCCAUACCUUCCUCUCUGCAUCUCUCCCUCCCGCCCUCCUUGUCUCCUGCACGCUUCUUCCCUUUGCCGUGCCUGCACCCCUCGCUGCUUGCCUUGCAGGUAUAUGGGCAGCGGCGCUUGCCCUACUACCUGCCCCCCGCCACGACAGUGCUGCACAAGACAGGCAGUAUACUCGGCACUGUGAACGCAGCAGGGAUCAUCCCAUUGCCGCGCCCACCGCCCGCCCUGCACUCGCACCAGAUGCGCCACCAUCUCACCCGCCUGCCGUUGCUGCCCGCCGUGCAAGCCUCUCCUCGCCCCUCCUCUCCCGUGACCACAUUGUUCUCCUCCCCGCCGCGGUCCUCCGCGCACCUGCCGGGAUAUGAGCACGCGGAGCAAGGGGUGGGUGCGGAGUCACUGCAAGUGGGUGAGGGGGGAGCAGUGGUGGUGGCAGCGUUUGUGGACCAGGUGUGGCGGCAGCAUGAGAGAGAGGCGGAGUAUGUGAUUGCGCGGGCUAGCAAGCUCGCAUAUGACACGUGGGGAGAAAGGCGACGGCUACGCCGCAUGCUGAGUGCAAGGGAGAGGAGGCGAUGGAUGGUAGGGUAG